UAAGGUAUGCCUCCACCCUAAGCCCUCUGUAUUCCUCAACGUUCAUUAUUAAUCCCUUCGCUUAUCAUUUUAUCAGGAAUUUGAGGAAAUUUUCCCAAAGUCUCAGACCCACACCAAAAAAUCGAACAAAUGUAGUCACUAACGAACCUCCAUCAAGAGCAAGCAAAAAAUCUAAGAAGUGCUAUAAUUAAAUCCCUCAACCAUGAAGGUUCUACUUGCAUUCCUCACGUUCUCUCUGGCUGUUUCAAGUGUUUUUUCCCUGAGAUGCUACUUCUGCGUCGGAACAAAUGGCACGAGUUGUGCUUAUCCACCAAAUCUUCCGCAACUUCAGCAAAAUUCUUGCAAUAAUGUUUGCACAACAUUAGUCUAUCAUUCGGGCAAUUCAACAACCACAACAAUAAGGGGAUGCAACCCCAACAAUUUCUGCAGAAAUCCUCCAAUGCCAAGUCACCAAAUCAUCAGUUGCAACACGUGCAACAGGAAUUUGUGCAAUAAUUCCAACAUUUUGAAAGGAAAUAUUCUAUCAGUGCUCUUCAUAGGAAUCACACUAUUCUUCACAAAAGUCUAUCUAUUUUAAACAUAGAUGAGUAAUAUUGUUUUUUUAUAAUGGAAAUUUUAUUUGUUUUUCUAAUUAAAAGUGAAUUCAGAGUCAAAGAAUUUUAAUACUGUGUCUUAUCAUUCGGGUUCUUAUGGUAGAAGAAUUUAGAUAAGCAUUGGAAAAGCGCUUGAAAAUAAAUUCAAACUUC